AUGUAUCUCCACAGCAACGCGAUGGGCGUUACACGUACGUACAUACAUGUCCCUUAAAGCAUCCGGGUUAUUUGCGGUAAAGUUUAGCGCCUCACGCCAGCAGCUCCUGCUUUUCUCGAUCGCCAGACACCGUCGCCACAACGUCUCGAGUUGUGCGCUCUAAUCUACGUUGAAGCUCUCGCUCGAGUUCGAACACCUUAACUGCUAUGGAAACCGAAGGUAACAGCACGAGGAUGUCUAAUCACAUGAAAAUGGAAAGCAGCGUGAACUUGAGCAACCUAGAACAACUGCCAGAAAUCACUGAUCAAGCAACAGUGAAUAACUGCGGCGAGUUGGAAAGCAAAGUGAACACUGAUGAGAUACAAAUACAACCAGAUAUCAUUAAUCAAGCAACAAUGAAGAAGAGACGGCGUACUAGAGCUAGACGGACUGCUUGCUCUACAGUGACCGACGACGAUGCUAAACCAUCUCUCAUCUAUGAAUGCGAUAUCUGCCAGAAACGUUUUCGAGACGCUAUGCGGCUCCGCCGUCACACAAUCGUCCACACGGCAGACCGGCCUUAUCCUUGCCGUCUUUGUGACCGCAAGUUCAGGUCCAUCAACAACCUACAACAGCACGUGCUCUUACAUUCAGGAGAGAAGCGCUACUCUUGCCAUUAUUGCGGCAAACGCUUCGCCCAACAUCCCGGUCUCUCCGGCCACUUACGCACGCACCGCAAGAAGUUUCCUUGCGACAAAUGCGACAAGGGAUUUCACAAGAGACAAGCGUUAGAGAAACAUAUCCGUUCGCACGACUUGAGUAGAAAGUAUCGCUGCCCUUUCUGCGACCUUCGAUAUGAUUCUCAGCGCAAGCUGAUGGAACACGUGAAAAGACACGAGGAGCAGACGGACGGCAUGCCGCUACUAAAAAGGAAGCAAGCAAAGAAAAGGAAAAAGGCGGUGACUUUCUCCAAUUUCAUUUCAAAGGAUGAAGAAGACUCGGAUGCCACAGUAGUUCUGUCUUCUCCUACUAGUCCAACAACUCUGUCGCCGGAUGAGGCAAAUGGUCCUGUGUCUGAACGCUGUGAUAUCGGUAAUCAAAAGCGGAGGAAACGGCGUCGGGCGUUUGGUAGAAGAGGCGACUGGACGUUUGGAUUUAGUGACAUCGACCAAAUGUCUACUGUUGGUCAGUCUAGUCCUCUGAAUGAUGCGCUUGUUACUGCUCUUGGUGAGACGACGGCUACAGUGGCGCAGAUGACUGAGAGUACUAGAGGUCUGGCAAACUGGCUGUUUAUAAACAACAUCGUCGAAAAUCCGUCAAAUUCAGAGUUGACGAUUAACUCGGCCAGCUUGGACUGUGGCCGCAAAUAUCCCGUACUCGGUCACGGAACUGUUGCUGAAGUGAAGAUAGGCUUGUGGGGUGGAUCUCCCGUUGCUGUUAAGACAUAUCGUCGUGACCUCUUCAUACCGGAGGCUCUUCUGGCCGACGUCGUUCUAUGUCGACAUUCCAACGUCAUUUCUGUCUACGGUCUCACUCAAGAUCACAAGAGCAUCGUCAUGGAACUUGCAGAAGGGAAUUUAACCGAACUGAUAACAGGAUUUACGCAGGUGGGGGGAGCUCUAUCGCUACGCGAAAUGGUCGACCUGGCCAGAGGUUGUCUUCAAGGUCUCGAAUAUUUACACCGUAUCGGUAUUACUCACGGCUGUAUUCGACCGUCUAACGUUCUCGUGAAUGCCCUCAUGGUCGCUAAACUUGCCGACAUCCGGGAAACGGCAUUUAAUCCAUGUUCUGCUUCGAAAGUGGAGUUUUUUGAUUACGUGGCUCCCGAGCACGCAGACAAUUUGCUGUACGUCACCAACGAAGGCGAUAUCUUCAGCCUCGGACAGACAUUUCUCGAUCUUUUUUCUGCCGUCGGCGGUGAUGCUGCCGACCGCAUCGACGCUGUGACUCACCCGUGGCUGAAAGUACUCUGCCGCCAGAUGACCGACCGCGAUCCGUCAAUGCGCUUGCGCAUUCUCGAGUGCCUGGCAAUGAUGACCACCGUCGCUGGCAGCGACGAUUACAAACAGUGUCCUGCUAAGAGGACGCUUGGUCGCAUCAUCAAGACGAGGAAGAACUGCACCAGUCCGUGACGUAUACAAUUCAAGUGCGUAAGGCAACGGAUGAGUCUGGAGGUUAGUAGCAUUGAUGUGUGGGAUCUUAACUAUGAACAGUAGAUGUGUAUUGGAAUCUAAGAAAAUUUGUUUAAUUACUUAGGAAAUAGUUUAUCUGGCAUGAGAGGUAGUGCUUUAGUUUACUACAUGUGUUUAUGUUAAAUCUGUUUAUGACUUUAUACAGUCUAUCGACGUUGAACAGAAGAUUAUUAAUUAAUAAAAUUUCGUAGUAUAUCGGCCGUUUAAUCAAAUCAGAAUAUAUUGAA